AAAAUAUAAAUGUCAGAUAGAUAAUCUGCAGCCCUUCAUCUCGUGGCUCAUCCAAUCGCCGCCUUACGCUCAUUAUCAUAUUCCUCCCCUUCCAAACCCUAAUCCCCUCUUUAUAUAUAUUACCAAUACACCAAUAUACAUACACAAUACGCAUAUAUGCGUGAUUGUGUGUGCAAUUUGGUACUGGAUCUUCAUUUUCAGAUAUUGUAUGACCAAUUUUUAUGCUGAGAUUUCAUUAUUGUAUAUCGACGGAUGUGUUUUGGGGGUGUCAAAAGGUUCAAUCUUUCUGUAUUCUAUAAGGCAGAAACAGAAGAAUUUGUUGGUUUUUGUGGAUUUUGAUCCGAUCAUAGUUAUCUGCGAUGUCCCUUCUACCCAAGAGCGAUUCAAUCCACAUCAGGGAGGUUUGGGCUGACAACUUGGAAGAAGAAUUUAAGUUGAUACGAGCGAUAGUCGAUGAAUAUCCGUACGUUGCUAUGGACACGGAGUUUCCUGGAGUUGUGCUCCGGCCGGUUGGAAAUUUCAAGAACUCGAGUGAUUACCAUUACCAGACAUUGAAGGACAAUGUUGAUCUGCUGAAGCUGAUCCAGUUAGGGCUAACCUUCUCGGACGAGAAGGGGAAUAUGCCGACCUGUGGAACGGACAAGUACUGCAUUUGGCAGUUCAAUUUCUGCGAGUUCAAUCCGGACGAGGAUGUCUUUGCGAACGAUUCAAUUGAAUUGCUGCGCCAGUGUGGGAUCAACUUUGGGCGGAAUAGCGAGAAGGGCAUUGAUGCGAGACGCUUUGGGGAGCUCCUGAUGUCAUCCGGGAUUGUCUUGAAUGAUAACGUAUACUGGGUGACUUUCCACAGCGGAUAUGAUUUCGGGUACUUGCUGAAGCUCCUGACUUGCCAGAACUUGCCCGAGACACAGGCUGGAUUCUUCAGCUUGAUCAAUAUAUAUUUUCCGGUUCUAUAUGACAUCAAGCAUUUGAUGAAGUUCUCCAACAGCCUCCACGGUGGGCUGAACAAGCUGGCUGAGCUGUUGGAAGUGGAGAGAGUCGGGGUGUGUCAUCAGGCGGGUUCGGAUAGCCUGCUCACGUCGUGUACCUUCAGGAAGCUCAAGGAGACGUUCUUUAGCGGCUCUCUGGAGAGGUACUCUGGUGUGUUGUAUGGCUUAGGUGCUGAGAAUGGACUGAAUACAUAUAGCUGAUAGGUGGGAAGGCCAAAAAUAAGAAAAGCUAAAAAAAUUUCUAAAAUGCAGGAGUUGUGCACAGCUUGUUAAUGAUGCCCACUUUUGUACACUUUUAAUGUACUGUAGUUUGUGAGAAUGAAAAUUUAAAAAUUUAAUA